AUGGAUCGUGAUUUUCUUCGUCGUGGCCAAAAGGGGAAUGAUCGUUCACCAAACAGCCGCUUUGUUCGGCUGGAUAAAACGAGAUCUUCAGACGAUCUUGAUAUAGGCAAGAAAGGGAAGAUGCGUAGAUGGCUAUGUUGUUCAUGUCAUGUCAAAGAAGAAUCUUACCACCCUUCAUCUGAACAUAACCGAUCCAAAACCCCUCCUACACGCCACCUCGACUACGGACGUAACAAUAAGAAACCACCAGCUCCUAUGAAGCCUCCUUCAGUCCCGAAGGAGCCUACUACUAUUGACGUCCCUGCAAUCACAUUAUCUGAGCUCAGAGAAAAGACUGAGAGUUUUGGAUCAAAGGCUUUGAUUGGGGAAGGAUCUUAUGGAAGAGUCUACUACGCAAACUUUGAUGAUGGCAAGGCCGUGGCUGUGAAAAAACUCGAUAACUCAUCAGAACCAGACACAAACGUCGAGUUCUUGACUCAAGUCUCAAAGGUUUCGAGACUCAAGAACGACAACUUUGUUCAGCUUCUUGGUUAUUGCGUUGAAGGAAACGUUCGUGUACUUGCUUACGAGUUUGCAACAAUGGGAUCCUUGCACGAUGUCUUACACGGAAGAAAGGGAGUACAAGGAGCACAACCAGGUCCAACGCUUGAGUGGAAGCAACGAGUUAGAGUCGCAGUUGAUGCAGCUAAAGGAUUAGAAUACUUACACGAGCAACAAGUUCAACCUCCUGUUAUACACAGAGAUAUUCGCUCUAGCAAUGUUCUUCUUUUCGAAGAUUUUAAAGCCAAGAUUGCUGAUUUCAAUCUGUCUAACCAAGCUCCUGAUAUGGCUGCUCGUCUUCAUUCCACUAGAGUCUUGGGGACAUUUGGUUAUCAUGCACCAGAAUAUGCAAUGACAGGACAGUUGACACAGAAGAGUGAUGUUUACAGUUUUGGAGUUGUGCUUUUGGAGCUACUAACCGGGAGAAAACCGGUUGAUCAUACUAUGCCUCGUGGUCAACAAAGUCUUGUCACUUGGGCAACUCCAAGGCUGAGUGAAGACAAAGUGAAGCAAUGUGUUGAUCCAAAGCUCAAAGGAGAGUAUCCUCCUAAAGCAGUUGCAAAGCUUGCUGCGGUUGCAGCAUUGUGUGUGCAAUACGAAUCAGAGUUUAGGCCAAACAUGAGUAUUGUAGUAAAAGCUCUUCAACCGCUAUUAAGGUCUUCAGGAACAGCUGCUGCUCGAGCCGCUCAAACUUGA